AUGACAUCUGAGGGCCCAACAAAGGGAUUUAGGCUGACGCAUGUCGGUCUCAGAGUUGCAGAUAUUGACCGGUCGAUCGCCUUCUAUUCAGGAAUAUUCGGCAUGAAGGAGUUAGGUCGAAUGCCCUUGGACACUGUUACAAUUGCCUUCGUUGGGUAUCCAGAUUCGGUGGCUCCUGAAACUCCUCUGUUCGCCCGGGAAGGCGUACUUGAACUCGUCUGUGCAAAAGCAAGGUUACCCUUGGAAAGUAACUCAAACACUACGAUUGCUAGAUCGAACGACUAUCCCGACUCCCGUAUCGUCAAGCUGGCGUUUGGCGUUCCAGAUAUGAAGAUAGCUAUGGAAUAUAUCAGAAGCAAGAACGUCAAAGUACUCAAGGAAGCUGGAGUGGCUCAGGGUUCAGAGGUGGCGGCUACGUUUCUGGGUUGCGAGACCCCGGACAAGGGGUUGGACCGGUCGUUAUGGACGGCUGCCGUAGCAGUGCCGUUUGUAGAAGAUCCGGACGGAUAUCUCAUUGAAAUAAUCCCAUAUCAAGCCUAA